AUGGAGGACACUCCGCGGGCUUGUCGAAUAUGCUUGGACGGCCCGGAACCCGGUAGAGAACUCAUCGAGCCCUGCGCUUGUCGGGGUUCGAUGCGUUGGGUUCAUGCUGACUGCCUGUCUGAAUGGUGGCAACACAGGGCAGGAGGACUCUACGAUGCUCCUUCAGCUGCCGUAAAGUGCGACAUCUGUCACGAAAUCCUUGCACAGACAGUGCAUGAUAGACCUGCUUGGCCAACUCGUUGUCUGCGAACCCUGCGCAGCUGUUUCUCCGAGUGCUGCAUGGCUCCAUUCUCAGACUUUCCUGACAAUCUUCGGCAUAGGACCGAGGAGUUCAGCAGGAACAAGUUCCUCUUCAUUAUGACCUGUCUGCUGCUCUGGUGGGGUGUGGCUGUGACGUACCGGCCGCGCAAGCCCACACCGCCACCUUACGUGCUAGAGCUUCUAGGAAUGGGGGAGUGGGUAUUUCCUGCGGGCUUGUGGUGCGGUGUCAUCAUGUUGACAGCUGCUCCGACCUUGCGUCAAUGGGACACAGAGCAUCGCUUGCAUUGGAUGCUCCGACAUCUGAUUCUUGACCACGGCCAGGACCAGCGCAUUCUGUAUUCACUGUGCUUCCUGAUUUCCUUUGGGCCGGUGACGGCCCUAGUGAAGCCGCCGACUUCCUUGACAAGCACUCUUGCAGUCCUUUCUCCGGCUGUGCCACUGAUGUACCUCAAACUCAAGACAGCGAACUGGAGUCAGACCAGGGACCGGGUGUGGCCUCCCCACGAGCAGCUGCUCCAUGUGCAGACCCAUGCUCUCUGGAUAAGUGCGACGCUUGCAUUAACCAUCAGCUUCUUCAUCAACUUCUCCGGAUGGUUGUUCAUGAGCUGGCUUACCAUAAGUCUAGUGCCCCUGCCCGAUGCGCAGCGAGAGCGACUUAUACAGCAGCAAGAUUCGGACUCCAAGCUAUUUGGAGCCGUUGCAGCAGCUGGUGGCAUCUCUGCCGUUCUGCACUUUCCGCUGGUCUUGCGCAGCAUU